AUGGACAAAUCCUCUACCACCCAUGUGGAGCCCCUUGACCUCCAGAAGUCUAACAAGGAGGACCAACUCGAAGACACCCCUCGCCAGUCGACAUCCUUCCUAACACAAGACGAAUACACCUUCGUCAUUGAUCGUAUCCACCGCGAUCGCGCGGAUGUUGUCGUCGAGCCCUUCAGUAUGCGCAAGUACCUGUUCGCCGGCCUAGACUUGAACAUCUGGGGCUUCGGCCUGGUAUACUACUGCACGACGACGACCGCGUGCGCCAUCGCCUACUUCCUCCCAUUGAUCUAUCAAGACGGCAUGGGUCUCUCGCAAGGGGCGUCGCUUUGUCUGUUUGCGCCGCCGUACGCGGCCGCGGGGAUGGUGAUGUAUGCGACUUCUUGGGCGGGGGAUAAGUAUCGGGCGAGGGGACCAGUUAUCGUGUUCAAUGCAAUGCUGACGUUGAUUGGAUUGCCCCUUCUGGUUGUGGGCUUCGCGAAGAGUAACGGGCCGACACUCGUGGGGUGUUUCUUUACCACCAUUGGGGCGAAUUCGAAUGUUCCCGCCGCGAUGGCGUACCAGGUGUGUGUCUUUUGUCUUUCUGCUCGGAGGAAUGUCACUCAUGAUGGAAGGCGAAUAAUGUUCGCGGGCAGUGGAAACGCCCCAUCUGCAGCGCAAUCUUUGUUGGUUUGGGUGCCUGUGGGUGAAUGA